CAAGGUUUGCGGGGUUGCGUACACCGCCACCGGGCGGCGAGCUCUACUACGUACCUCAUCUUCGAAUGCUUCGCCCAUUCCAACCUCCAGACAGGAUCAAUGUCCGCCUUUGAUUGAUCCUAAGAGGGGCGCGAUGACUGAUAUUCGACCUAAUCGACCUUUGCAUGCGCAGUGCACAACACGCAAACCAACGGACCAAUGCAGGAACCCGCCGUAUCUAAUUCGAUGAAGGUGUGAUCCUCGACAUGGCCACCGCUCCAAUUAAGAAGGCAUGUGAUGCUUGUCAUCGACGCAAAGUACGCUGCUCCGGGGGACAGCCAUGCCGGACCUGCGGUCAGACCAACCUUGAAUGCACCUAUCUCGCUAUUCCUCAAAAGAAAGGGCCCAAAGGGAAUCGAUCCAAAAUCCUCUCGCAGAUCCGCAAUUCUCAAAAGAAGAAACAGCCGCAUCUUCCUCAGACGUCACCUUCUGAGUCCACUCCUCAGCAGUCACCGAGUCAGGAGCUGAAACCUUCUCUAGGCUUCAGCAGCCCAUCACCAACAGUCCCGUCUCCAGGGUCCCCCAAUACCGCUCUCCUCAGUAAGCAGACAAUUGAGAAUUGUGUGGAUUUCUACUUCUCCAACAUGUCUACCACUACCUCGAUCCUCAAUCGGCAUCACCUGAUAGAUAUGAUUGACUCCCGGCUUCCCACCGAUACAGAAUUCUACUGCCUCGCAGGAUCCUUGUGUGCAUUUGUCAUGGUUCAACCUGGAAUGAAUUUAGCUGUCGCCCCAGGAUGCCACUACGAAGGUGAGCCUCCCGAAAACCGCUACGGAUAUGCCAAUAUGCUUCUCAACGACGUCCUCCGCGCGCGAAAGUCCAUCGACUACGUCGAGUUUCCCACUUUGAGCGCCGUCCAGACGUCAUUUUUCUUGUUCAGCUGCUAUUUCACCUUGGAACAACAGAAUAUAUGCUGGUUUCAUUUGCGUGAGGCCGCAACUCUGGCUCAGCUGAUGAGCAUGCACGAAGAGUCGUCGUAUCUCGUCGGUGAUCCCGUCGAAAGCAUGUAUAAGCGACGAAUGUAUUGGUUGCUCCUGGUCACAGAGAGAGCAUAUGCUAUGGAACGACACCGUCCGCUCAGUCUACAUCCGACCAUUGGAAUACCAUCGGCCAACGAGCCACACGAGGAAGAACGAAUGUCCGGCUUUCUCUGCUUGAUUAACCUCUUCCGCUGCAUUGAUGAUGAGUUCAUGGCUCUCUGGAACAAAGUGAAGACCGAAUGUUCCGACACCUGGCUUUCGCAGCUCCAGCGACAGGUCGCAGACUCCGUCCCACGAGGACUAAAGACAACAGAAAGCCAAAUGGCUGAUGUUCGGGUCACAUUACAUUGGUUACGCAUCAUGAUCUGGCAACUUUCCAUAACAAAUGGUUAUCUUUCAUCGACGUCUGCCCAUUCCUGCAUGACAUUCAAAUAUCCCAUAGAAGUCACUAGGGACUUGAUUCAGGAUAUUUCAACCCUGACGCUGGAUGCGAUGGAGGUCCAUGGUGUGGGGUUGAUUGAGAAACUAUUCGACAUAGCCUGUACGCUCACCGACGUCAUCUCGUGUGUACCGCUCAUGCCUUCGGAAAUAUCGAAUUCAAGUAACGAGACGCCCUUCGAAUAUCUAAACAAGCUCCUCACCCUCAUUUCCCAGCUGCGAGGCGGCGCGUCAAGGUAUUUCCCCUUGCUACUCGUCAAAGUCUCGGAGACCUUACCUAGUCUGCCUCCCGUCGUCCCAGUGGACCUGGAUCCGAUGCAGAUGAGCAUCAAGCAAGGCUAUGCAGGUGCGAGCGAUCACAUUCCCACACCGGAGCCAACGCAAUUGCGAGGGAUAAAAUUCCCACGCCCAAGUCAACAAAGUCCUCCUCCCUAGAAAGCUUCGGCUUAAAUGCUUCCACCACUAUGGGCCAUGCACGCCUCAGGAGCAAGAGCAUGGCCCAUCCCCAGGUGAACCUGGUCGCAAAAGAUCCGACACACGCAAUCUCAUCAUGGCUGGUAAGGAACGCUCGUGGUUGACACCCAGCUUGUGCGCCGCUAGCUGGGCAGCUCUUUUGGCGAGGCCAAGGGGGAGACUUUAUAAUGGGCUCGUCUCUGCACAGAAGCGUGGCUAUGGGAGUACGCGGCGGGUGUAGCUCAAACGUCUGCCUGGAUCAUGCGAAUAUCAAGGCUACUUACUUCGCCAACAAUCCUAAACGCAUCGGUGUCUUCCAUUGGAGUCUCGGUCUAACGGCUUGUUCUUAUGGAAACUCGAGUUGAGCGGAACCAGUGAAGGUGCCAUCGCUUCUAGGAAGAAGGGAGGUGCUAAUGUGUCUGUUGCUGCAGUGAGCGGCGCCUCGAAUUCGAGAAUUAUCGCGCAACUUUUGGGGCUAUGGGGAACAAAUAGGACAUGAAGCACUGAGAGACGAGGGAAUUCUCAAGCGAAAGAACAGAGACAACAUGGUGAAUCGAAAGGUGCUGACUAUGCCCAGAAACCCUUGUCACCUGCUGGCCGGGGAAAUGGUUGAAAUUGAGUCAGGAACUGACCAGCAUGAGGUGAAAGAUGAUCCCUUCAGUCGCUAGGGACCAACUAAUUCUUCGCUUCUCUAUGAGUCAUGAAUUUUGACCCAUGUGGUCUUUUAAUGAAACCGGCCUGCUUGCUCAGAG